AUGAAUAUGAGGUUAUCGGUAAAGCUAAACACGGUUAAACGCAUUGUGUGUGGUAUCUCAGGCGGAGUCGACAGUGCUGUUUCUGCACUUCUUCUGAAGCGAAAAGGUUUUGAUGUUGUGGGCCUGUUUAUGAAGAACUGGGACAUUCGAGAUGAGAAAGGUGUUUGUGCAACAGAUGAGGACAGAAAUGAUGCAGAAUUUGUGUGUAAAACUUUGGGCAUUCCGCUGUAUGAAGUUGACUUUGUCAAACAGUACUGGAAUGAAGUUUUCAUAGACAUGGUAAAAGAUUAUGAGAAUGGCAUUACCCCAAACCCAGACAUUAUGUGCAACAGACAUAUCAAAUUCCAUCACUUCAUUCAUCAUGCUCAGACAAAAUUAGGAGCUGAUGCCAUAGCAACAGGCCACUAUGCCAGGACAAGUGUGGGUUACAAUCUGGAUCGGAUAGAUCCCCAAGUUGAUGCUGAGAAAGAUCAGACAUUCUUUUUGAGCCAGAUCAGUCAGUGGGCUUUACAGAAGACCAUAUUUCCCAUUGGUGACCUUGCAAAAACAGAUGUUAAAAGAAUAGCAACUGAGGCAGGGAUGGAGAAAAUUGCAAAGAAAAAAGAGAGUAUGGGGAUAUGUUUCAUUGGCUCUCGAAACUUCCACUCGUUUAUCGAACAUUAUAUCGAGCCAAGAAAGGGCAACUUUAUAGAUGUGGAAACCGGAAAAAUUGUUGGUCAGCACAAAGGAACACACUACUGGACACUGGGACAGCGGUGUCUGAUACCCGGGCUGGCUGCUGCCUACUUUGUUUGUGAAGUACAUCCCCAGGAGAAUGAAGUUAUUGUGGCCUCGGGGACAGACCACCCAGCAUUAUUUACUAGUUCUUUCACAACGGAACCUUGUUACUGGAUACAGACAGCACCAGAAGACGGCACAUUUGCUGCUGGGUUCCGAUUCCAACACAAGCAUCCAUUGGUGGGCUGUUCAGGUCAGCUGGAUCGGCACGGAGUUUGCCAUGUGAACUUAGACCAUCCAAUGCGGGCUGUCACACCAGGACAGUAUUCUGUUUUUUAUAAAGACAAUGUUUGUCUCGGCAGUGGGAGGAUUUGGAGGUUAGGUCCAACAUUAUACGAACAAGGCAUGAGAGAGAAGGUGUCAUUCCCCCAAGAGUUUUCUUAG